AUAAAAGAACUUCUUUCAAUGCUCGGGAUUAGAAAAUCCCACACCUCUCCUUAUCAUCCCCAGGGUGAUGCGCAGCCUGAGCGAUUCAACAGAACACUUCUGUCUAUGCUUGGUACUUUGGAGGCGUCCCGAAAACAGAACUGGAGCCAACAUAUCAGUCAGCUGGUGCAUGCAUACAACUGCACUAAGAAUGAUGCUACAGGUUUCUCUCCAUAUUGUUUAAUGUUCGGACGAGAGGCCAGAUUGCCAGUCGACAUCUGUUUUGGUACUACUUUCAAUAAGGAGACACAGUCGUCUCAUAUUCAGUAUGUGGAAAAGGUGAAACAAGAUCUUCAAAAAGCCUAUAAGCUUGCAUCAGAAGCAGCCACAAAAAAUCACCUGAGGAAUAAAACUCUGUACAAUCAUCGUGUUAGAGAUCAACCACUGGCUGAAGGGGACAGAGUGUUACUGAGAAACGUUGGUCUUACAGGAAAGCACAAGCUUCAAGAUCGCUGGAGGUCCACUCCUUACGUUGUCAUUAAGAAGUUGCCCAACUUACCGGUAUAUCGGGUGAAACCUGAACAUGGCCCUGAAGUUGUUAAAACUCUUCAUCGUGACCAUCUGUUACCUAUUGGUUAUCUGGUCCGAUUGCCUGCGUGGUCUCAGAACACAGAAAAAGUCCCAAAGCCACGAGUCACACGGCUGCAGCAAGCACAAAAGCGACAAAGAAAAGUGCGUCACCCAUCAUCUCCUGAUUUAAUGACAGAUAGCAUGUCAGGGUCAGAAAGUGAGGAUCCAUGUGGGAUCCGGAGUUUUGAUAUGGAUGAAGUGAAGAAGCAUCUUUCUGUUCCCAACCAUGCAAUAGACAAUAAUGAGAGCUCAGGUGAAGCAAACUCGGGAUUGUCUGUCGAUGAGCAGAGUGAAGGAGACGAUGCAACACCUGAAAAUAAGUUGUCUGACUCUGAUUCUCCAGAGUCUGUGGGUGAUGAAAGUCUGACCCGAGACACUGAAACUGACAUUGAGCCAGAGAGACCCUCUCCCUCGAGAUCUGCAAAGACAAAAGGUCUCCCAAAAAUCAGAAAGUCACAGCGAGACAUUAAACCAGUCAUUCGCUUGACUUAUGAUGAACCUGGACACCCUACUGAGGAACCAGUGACUAUUGUGCAUCAUGGAAUGGUUAUCCAGGUGAACCUCAGUUCCAAACGAAAAUAUAGUGACACAGCAGGUUAUACACCUAAACAGUCUAACAGAGAGAGAAAGUAUGUAAUGACCCCAGACAAAAGAGCAUGGGUUAGAUGAGGACAUCUACCUUUUAAGAAAGGGGAGGAUGUAGCCCGGAUACAAUAAUCUUGUAUUUGGUGUAAAUAAUAGUAAAAAGUUUAAAAGAAAUGUUGUAAAAGUGACGGAGUCAUAUUUAAAGUUCAUGUAAUGUUAUGUGUAGUUCAUAUAAAAUAUGUUCAAGGUUAAAAUCAGCACUAAUAGCUCAUUCUGUUUAUAACAGAGCCAUGUGUGACCACAAUCUAACUUGUUUGUUUUGAGACUGGAUGUUUUUCCAUCUUUGAAAUAUGAUUGGUUAUCAGUGAGCUGUCAGACCAAUGCAACUGUGUGAGGGGCGGGAUUAGACAGCAUGAUUAUGUGCACUGUAGUGGGACAGCACGUGAAGCAGACGUAGCGUGCAUUAGGAAGAUAGCAGAGAAACAUGUUCAAGCCUGAUCGCGGUGGAUGCCGAGUUUGCCGUUUGGUGUAGGACAUUGUAACUCUGGCAGGGAGAGGCCUAGGAGACUUUCCUUGGACUUUGUGUGGAGCAUCAGGAUCCGGGUUCCGGCUGGACAGCGCAUGCCACGUGGAGGGCCGCAG